CACUCAGAAGAGGACAGACGAGAAGCUGCUUCCAGAGAAGUAAAAGAAUUGUUGGUUUUUUUAACCCAAAUACAUACACACAUUUACAAGAAGGUCAAAGAUGCAGGUGUGUACGGUGUUGGAAAAACGUGGCGGAUGUGUGGUGGGAGCUGAGCUGAGCUGCAGCGUCAGAGAGCAGAACGAUACCCAGAAAGAGAGCUACAGUGCUGAUUGGCACAGCAUCAACAUGAAAACGCAGCAUGAGGACCGCCAGUCCAUGAAGAUGUCUGAUGAUUCCCGGCGAGAGACACUUUCCCGUUACUGGCGUGCCCGCCCCCUCUCCCAGCAAUGUCCUUCAGGUGUCCUGCGUGUCGGCACGGUGGAGUCUGGCAUCGGUGAGCACCAACUGCUACCCUACAGAAAUACUCUUCCUCUACCCAUCUUUAAACCAGCUGAGCUGGGUGUGAGGCUGGGCCGUGGUGCCCCACACAGCCUGGAGGACCUGCCCAGUGCCCGUGCACCUGAUGGAGUAUGCACAACCAAGAGAGAUGUCCUGGAGAUCACACGAGACCUGCCACCUGUCAAACCCCUCCGUAUGGAGUUCGCCAAGGCUCCCAGGACCCUCGGCAGGUCCAUGUCUCAGGAGGCCCAGAGAGGAUGAAGAGAAAGAGAUGGAGAAAAAAAUAGAUGAGGAAAUGAAUGGAUUGUCUUGUAUAACCUAUGCAAGAGUGAUGAGGAAAAGGGGACUAAUGUAGCAAAUGUAGCAAGACAAUGUAAGCAGUAGAAGUGUGAUACACGUUCUUGUCAUAUUGUUGAAAUUGAAGUGAAAGAGAAUGUGGUUGAUUUUGUAAAUAUUUACUUUUGUCUAGAUAUUUAAGUUAUUUUUGUAUUGAAACUUUAAAAAACAGUAUUGUUGUGUUCUAGUUGGUUGAGAAUUAUAUGACAGUAUAACCGUAUAAGUCAUGAGAGAGAGAGAGAGAGAGAGAGAGAGAGAGAGACUCAGAUUUACUGCAGUGGCAAAGCUCACGUCUGUUCAUCGUGUGGAGAAAGAAAGUUUGACAUGAAGCAAAUUAUUAAGAAAUAAUCAGAGCUGAGGGUUUGAGAGUUGUCUGGUUCGAAUACCUUUAUUGUAUGGUUUUGAAUAAAAUCACAUAAAA